AUGCCUAAACAGAUCAAUUUCUUCAAAGGGCACCCAACGCUCGAUCUUUUGCCCAAGAAAGAACUUUCUGAAACUUUUACUAAGGUUAUCAGUGAAACAGCUCAUACUGACUACGAAUCGGAUCCCCAUAACCGUCAUCCUCUUCAGUAUGGUACUGAUCUCGGUAAUUUGACUGCUCGAGAAAGUGUGGCUCGUUGGGUAAACGGCCAGUUUGGGAGGAAUUCUUUACAUGCUGACCAGAUCAAUUUGACUGGAGGCUCUUCUUAUGGUUCUCAAAAUAUUCUUUUGGCGACAACCAACGUGGAAACCACUGUCCAAGCGUUUGUGGUGCUGCCAACUUACUUCUUGAUCAAUUAUGCAUUCAUUGAUGCUGGGUUCGAGGGAAAGAUGACAGCGGUCAAGGAGACUCCAGGUCAGGAGUUCGACAUUGACUUGGAUUUCUUAGAGAAGAAAUUGAAGGAACUCGACGAAAAGCACGGUCUUGAGCCGGUAGGCGAUAAGGAGAUCAAUGUGUUUACAGACCCUACGGGGAGAGACGCUAGAAAACAGUAUAGGUACGUUAUGUACCUAGUGCCAUCGUUUUCUAAUCCGGGUGGCCUCACAUACACGGAAGCCACUAGAAUUAGGCUUCUUAAGCUUGCGAGGAAGCACGAUUUGCUUCUUCUUUCUGAUGAUGUAUAUGAUCACUUGAACUACGAUGGUAAACCACCAGUCAGAAAGUUCAACCAGAUUGACGAGGACACUUUACCUAAGGGCUGGAAGUUUGGAAACUCCGUAUCUAAUCUGUCUUUUUCUAAGAUUCUUGCACCUGGCCUUCGUGUUGGCUGGCAGGAGACAGCCACUCCAGCGUUGGCACUUCAGCUUUCAAGCACCGGAGCAAACAAAUCUGGAGGCUCCCCUGGCCAAUUGAACUCGGUCGUGGUCCAGCAUUUGAUUACUGACGGCACCAUAGAUAAAAUUGUCGAGUUCUACAAAAAGACAUACAAAGCCAGAGCUGAGACACUCAAGAAAGCUUUGGACGAGCACUUGCCUCCCAAAUACACCAAACACUACGGUGGUGACGGAGGGUACUUCGUUUGGGUGACGAUAGACGCUCCCAACUUUAACCUUUCCGAAGUUAUCUCUACCCUUCAGAAGGAACACAAUGUGAUCAUUGCCGAUGGUGGUAAUUUCGAAGUGGAGGGAGAUAGCCUUGGUUGGGCCAAGCUUGGAGCACGUCUAUGCGUUGCCCUACUCACCGAAGAAGAGAUUGAAGAAGGAAUCAAGAAAUGGGGCCAAGUGUUGCACAAGAAACAUCCUGAACUUUAUUAG